AGCCCCAGUGCAUUCACUUCACACAAGCCGCGAAUUCAAACACCAAUAAGAUCCGACGGGGCUGUUUAUUAUUAUAACGUCUUCUUCAACUUUUUGAUCUGUUACUUCAAGAAAACACGAUGUCCCUGUGCAAGACUAUUAUCAUCCUCAGUGCUUUCAUGGCUGCAGCGUAUGGUCUGAGCUGUCGUGAGUGCUUCAUUGGGAUCUUCAACUCGUGCAUUUUUGGGAGCGACACGAAUUGUAACAACAGCACGUCCAGUUGUUACCGUGGCGAAGCCCAGUUCAAUGCCACCGGCUUUCUCACGCUCCAUAACCGUGGCUGCUUAGACACGGACCUGUGUGGAAAGACCCUGACAGGUUCAAUCCUGGGAGCUGCCUACACUUCCACCUUCACCUGCUGCAGCGGCGACCUGUGUAACUCCGCCUCCUCGCUGCACCUGUCCAUCGCCAUGGGAACCGUCCUCACACUCCUCUGCACUCUCUUAUUUUCACAGUAGACUCUAACCUCACACAAAUUAUAAACUUAUAUGACUGAUCAUAGACAAACUAACUACUUAAGUCAUUUAUUUAUUGCUGCUAAUAUUUCUAACAAUAUUACACAUUUAUUGUAGUUUUUUGGGGGAUAAUUCUGCUUCUGCUUGGUUUAGUUUCAAUAUUAUUGUUUAUCAUCUAUAUUUACUUUGGCACUAUAUCGCACUUCAAUUUUCAUCUAAAUCCUGUCUGACCAAAUCACACAGAUGCCUUUUUGUGUACAGUGUCUACAGCUAAAAUAAGAUAAGUUAGAAUAUAAUAUCUAAAUACUUAAUUAAAUAAUGGCAAUUUAAAAGAAAUGUAUUCAACAGCUCAACAAUGUAUUUGGAAUAGGCCUACUUAUAAAUGUAAUGACAGACUUAAGAACAAAUAGUUUAAGAAAGAUUGAGGCUUAGUAAUUACCCUAACUGCUUCAUUAAGAACUCACUAAACCUGAAUCCUAAGUCUUAACUCACUAUGCUUAUUUAUUUUUCAUGGGGAAACAUUAAAGUGUCUGCUCUAUAGUUAUAAUCUAUGACACCUGUGGACAUUAUGUUAUAAUUUGUACAUUUUAAUCUCAAUAUUCUUAAUAAAAGAAACAAGUUAUUGGAAAAAAAAGCAAUUAAAGACAGGUCAAACAUGCACAAAUCACUCCAAAAGCAGCUCUGACAGGAUAAAUGAGAAGGAGAAACAACUAUAACAUGGUUAGAAGUUGAUUUGGCAUGAUAGGUUUGUUUUAAAACAUGUCUCAAAACAAAAAAAAAAAAAAAUGACUACAGCAUAAUCUUGCACCUUAUGGUUGAAAAACAAACACAUCCUAUAUUAAUUUAUCAUGCAUGUGAAGGUUUGAUUUUAUUCUGUGCAAUAUUUUUAAACAUUUAAACCAGUACUGGUGCUGUGCCUUUACAAAGACAUCAGGCCAAUCAGAAGGGACGAACAAUCCCAGUGUGAAGGUUUUGUUUUUUUAUAAUACACAUAUUUUGUAGUUUGUUAUUGUUGUUGAUGAUUCAACUAUUUUAUCUUGGCACAUUGUGGAUCUUUUAUCACACACUAUUAAACACAGAAAAAGAUGGAUUUGCACAUAGGCUAUAAAGUUUGAAUUCAUUUAAAGGUCCCAUAUUACACUAUUCUCUGAUCUGUGUUAUAAUGUUGUUUCCUCAUCACAAACAGACCUGGAGUUGUGUUUUGUUUCAUUCACACAUGUUUAACACAACAACCCUCCAUAUUUAUGCUGGGUUCUUCUCUCAAACUGAAACCCACUCUGUUCCACCUUGUGAUGCUCCACUGUGUUUUUAAACUCCAUACACCUUCACUAGAAUCAUUUGAAGGAUUUCAGCCCUGGCAGUGUCAAUCUCUAUUGAACUAAAGGUAAACUGUGGCUGUUAACUUGAAAACUACACUACAGCUUUAGAGAUGUAGGCAGACUAAUAAUAAAGAAUUACACACUUAUUGUGUGUGAAAGAAACAAAACACAACUGUGUUUUUGAGGAGGUAACAUUAUAACACAGAUCAGAGAAUAGUGUAAUAAUUAAUUCUAACAGCCCAUUUUGUGUAAAUUAGGACCUUUAAACAACAAACUUAUAUCCAUUUCAUCUUCAGUUUCCAACUAGACUUUCUUCAAAUCAUAAUGGGCAAUUUAGAUCAUCGGUGCACUCAUGGUGGGCUGUGUAUAAAAUAUCCGUCUUGCAGUAAACACAAUCAUCACUAUCCCCGGUAAAUCAAAUUGUUAUUGUUGUUAUGUUAUUCAUUAUCAAUCAAAAUAAUACAUUUAAUAAGUACAUACAAAUUCCCUCAUUAAAUCCGAAUGCCAGCAAGGCAAGGCAAGUUUAUUUGUACAGCACAAUUCGUACACAAGGUAAUUCAAAGUGCUUUACACAAUAAGAAAGAUAUUAAAAUCACACAAAUCAAAACAUAAAUAAUCACAAAUAAUCAUCAUAAAUUUACCAUUAAAACAGAAGAGUGCAGAAUAAAAACCUUUCAGUCAUAUGCAGCUAAAUAGAACCAUUUUGAGCCUGGAUUUAAACAUUGUCAAAAUAGAGGCCUGUCUCACAUCUUCAGGAAGAAUGUUCCAGGUUUUAGCUGCAUAAAACUGAAACUCUGAUUCCUCAUGUUUAGUCCUGACUCUGGACACCAGCAGGAGGCCGGUCCCUGAAGUCCUCAGAGUGUGAGAUGGUUCAUAUGACACUAACAUGUCAGAGAUAUACUUUGGACCUAGGGCGAGCAGCAGUGUUCUGGAUGUACUGAAGCUGUGUUAAGGCUCGUUUGGAGAGGCCAGUAAGCAGGACGUUACAGUAGUUUAACCUACUGGAGACAAAUGCAUGGAUAAGUCUCUAUAAGUCUGUGUUUGACAGUAUACCUUUGAUUUUUGCAUUGUUUUUUAGAUGAUAAAAAGCUGCAGAUGUUAUUGAUUUGAUGUGGCUGUUAAAGUUCAAGUCUGUGUCCAUUAUUACCCCUAGAUUUCUAGCCUGAUUUGAAGGUUUUAGAGAGAGAGAGAGAGAGAUUGGAGGUGACACCUUCUCUAUGUUUCUGUGGCCAAAGACGAUGACUUCAGUCUUGUCUGAGUUUAGCUGAAGAAAGUUGUUUUGCAUCCACACACUGAUCUGUUGGAUGCAGUGAGUGAAUCCACUGGUCCAUAUUCACCUGCUGCAGUGAGACAUAGAUCUGAGUGUCAUCUGCAGAGCUGUGGUAGGACACAUUAUUGCUGUGUAUUAAUUGGUCUAACAGCAGCAUGUAGAGAUUGAACAACAGGGGUCCCAGGAUUGAACCCUGGGGAACCCCACAGGUCAGGGACAUUUUGUCUAAUGCAGCCUUGUUUUAGUCUUAGUUUAGGUUUUAUUUUGAUUAAUCUGACUGGCAAAUUAAGGCUGGUGUGUUUUUGCUAAAUGUAACUUCAUUUAGUAUCUAUUUUUCUCAUAUACCCAGUAUGUAAAAUAUGAUGCAUGUCAUAAGCUCAGCUGGGCUUUGGAACUCUAUGGAUGAGUUACACCCAGUGUUGUGGCUUAAAGUCCUUUUAACUGACAACAGUCAUGUCUUUCCAAAUAAUAAUAGAACCAUUUUCAAGUGGUAGUAAAAAUAAUAAUUGUCCAAUAAUAAUUUUAUCCAACUGAAUUUUCUUUUGUUAUUUCAUUUUAGUUUGUGUGGACAGCGAAGGCAGUGAACUAUAGCCUACAAGUUUCAAAUAUGAGCAAUAAACCAGUUCAGAACAUAAGGCUCAAGGAAAAUUCAAGUUUUAAAGUUUACAAUGAUCUAAUGAUAAGUGAACACAACGUAUCAGUUACUGUAAACAUACUGAGAAUGAGGAUGUGAAAAGCAAGGACAGAGUUUAGAGAAAAAAAUACUGACAGUAGGGGCCAACUUUGAACUAUAAUAACAUUUAGAAACAGGUUGGAUGUGUUCUUUAAACUAGGUGUUGAGUUAUUCUCUUGUGCUUAUACUUACUCUGCAUCCUGUGACCGAUAAACACUGACAAUAAUCACGCCAUGGCGCCUUCUAGUGGUAAGAUAAAUCAAAUGUACUUUCACUUUUGCUCUGUUUCUAGUUUCUUCAACAUAUAUUACUUUUAUAUGUAAAAAAUAUUUCAAAAAGACAAGACAAGAAUGCUUUUCUAUCAAAUCUUCGUGUUACUUUAAAGAGCUCAAAUUACUCUAUUUUGUUUUGACGUAUGUUCUAAUGUUGUUUCCUCAUAAUAUACAGUUUGUUUUGUUUCAUUCACACGUUUAACACACAAACACUGCAUAUUUAGGCUGAGUUCUUCUCUCAAACUAAAAACACUCCACCUUGUGAUGUCAUGUGAUAAUACAGGAAGUGCUCCACUAUGUUUUGAAACUCCAUACACCUUUAUUAGAAUCAUUUGGAUGAUUUCAGCUCUGGAAUUGCCAAUCUCUACUUGAAAGCAGAACAGAGCAUUUUGAGCUUUGGAGAUGUACACAGACUAACAAUAAAGAGUUAUGUGAAUGAAACGAAAGACAACUCCAAGUAUGGUGUUUGAUAAGGUAACAACAUUAUAACAUGCCUUAAAGCUCACAAGAGACAAUUUUGGUUAAUAUAGGACAUUUAAUAUUGAUUUGACAUUUUACUUGUGUUACACAUUUGGACAGUACAGGUAAUUGGCACCAGGUGAAAGGACAGAGGCAUAUGAUGUUUGACUGUAUCUAUAGAUGUUCCACUGUGUUAUUGUGGCAAAGAUGAGCCAAAUCAAUUUUAUUUUAAAGUAUGAUCGCUGGACUAGUUUUGGUACUUUGCGUGCUUAAAGACUUUUGUAUACUUUCAACUGGCCGUGACUGUUUACAUAGGUCAGAUUAGUCUCCGCAGUUUGAUCAUGUGCUUUGAUAGAUAUACUUUAAGGGUAAAAUUAAUCAUAAGGACUUAACGAGAUGUAAUUUUCAGGUAACUGCAUUCAUUUGCAUUUUGGUAGACAGGAGUGCAAUUGAAAUUAAUUAUAAAGAGAGUUUAGGUGUGGAAAAUGAACUGGAUUUUCAAGAACUCAUAGUAUUUAAAGACAAAAUGUUCAUCUCAAAGGCACGCAGGACGGAAGUUACUGUGUUGUUAGUGGGGUGUUACUGUGUCAAUGUGCCAAAGGGUGUGGAAAUUCAUAGUAAAGAUAUUUUGGUGUCAUUAUCAGAUGUAGGACAGCAGCAGUGGUGUGAGACGGGUUAUGUUUUCAUUUCAGCCUAUCCUCUGAAACAAAAACUGGCAUAAAGUUCAACAUCUUCUGUAUUUUUUUCAUAGGAUCAUUGAGGACGCUUUUUUACCAGAAAAAUCUGAAUUUUUGAACUUAGCAACCACAAUGACAUAGAAUUCUUUCAUAGAUUGGGAACAGUGUUGCUUACUUACUAAGUACACAAAAGUGAAAGUAUUUUUUUCAUAUUUCCUAAAGAAAGUCAUGGUUGAAAGAACUUUAAGCCUUAAGACUGACAUAGAAAACCUCUGGACCCAAACCUUAAUAAACAAUAAAUUAUCAUCUCAGAUCAUCUCAGAUCCUCUCUGACUAAAAACCCUGUUCUCUUCUCUCUGGCAUUUGGUUCUACCUUGGAAGGAUAUCUUGGCAUUUUAUUGUUUUAUUGUUCUUUGCCUGUGUGUCGUAUUUUAUGUGUAUCUGUUUGUUUAUUGUUGUUUAUGUGAAGCACACUGGGCAUCUUAUGUUGUAUUUUAAAUGUGCUAUAUAAAUAAUAAAAAUUAAUGAAUUAAAUUGAAUAUAGAUCAAAAACAGUAAAUGUUCCAAAAUGUUAUACAGUCUCCUGUCCUCUAUCUGAAGUCCUCCUUGUAGUCACCUCUUCCAUUCACAAUAAAUGCAACUGUUU